AUGCUUUCACAACAGACAACUGUGCUGCUGAUUAUAGUAGCUGAGGUGUUGAGCUUCCUGGUUCUACUGGGGCUGCUGGUUGUUCUAUAUCGCAUCCUCAUCGUUCGAUAUAAAGAGAAGAAAGAAACAACGCCACGGGAUAUCGAAGCAUCUCCCAUUCCUACUACUACUACAACGUCUCGGACUUCAUCACCAGCACUAGCAUCCGAUAAGGAGCUGCUCCUCCACCCAGCACUGCGAAUCAACACAAACGUCAAUCCCACUACACCAUCGCCUCCAGUGCUUCAGUCCAUCACCAGGCCCAGCGCCACUGCAAACCCUUCCAACAAACCAACACAUGCUCCUCCAGAGCCAUUCCAGUCUGCCAGCGCGCAGCUACAGUAUAAAUAUCUUCUUUCGCGACUACAUACCCGGCCCCAGCGCACGGAGGCUGUUCGAUCAAACUCGAUUCAUCGACCACACUCGUCGCAGGUACCUAGACCACUUAGGCCGAUACAGACGACUUUACUCCCGCCCAGGACGCCAAUGCCAGUCAUACGUGAGUCGGUGGCACGGGGCAGUGUGAACGUUGUGUCUCCUUGUUCGGAGGCUGUUCGACCUCCGACUUCGGCUUAUCAGAUGCUAUAA